AGAAGCACCGCCAGGGAGACGGGACAAAUGUGUGCGUUGGGAGCAGUGGAAGGGCGUCUGGGAAGAGAAUCGAGGCUCCUGCCAACACUGGCAAGAUGGCAGCCAACGAGAGUGUUGACAUCUUCAGCUCUGCAUCCUUGGCUGUGGAGUAUGUGGACUCGCUGUUACCUGCCAAUCCUCUGCAGGAACCGUUUAAGAAUGCUUGGAACUAUAUGCUGAAUAAUUACACAAAGUUCCAGAUUGCGACGUGGGGCUCCCUCAUCGUUCACGAAGCCCUGUAUUUCCUGUUCGCUUUACCUGGAUUUUUAUUUCAAUUUAUACCUUACAUGAAGAAGUAUAAAAUUCAGAAGGAUAAAACAGAAACACUGGAAAACCAGUGGAAAUGUUUUAAAGUACUUCUCUUUAAUCACUUCUGUAUCCAGCUGCCUUUGAUUUGUGGAACCUAUUAUUUUACAGAGUAUUUCAAUAUUCCUUAUGAUUGGGAAAGAAUGCCAAGAUGGUGUAUGCUCUUGGCAAGGUGCUUUGGCUGUGCAGUCAUUGAGGAUACCUGGCACUAUUUUCUGCAUAGACUUUUACACCACAAAAGAAUAUAUAAAUAUAUUCACAAAGUGCAUCAUGAGUUUCAGGCUCCCUUCGGAAUGGAAGCUGAGUAUGCACAUCCUUUGGAAACUUUAAUUCUUGGAACUGGAUUUUUCAUUGGAAUCCUACUUCUGUGCGAUCAUAUGAUUCUUCUUUGGGCAUGGGUGGCUGUUCGUUUGAUAGAAACUAUUGAUGUCCAUAGUGGGUACGAUAUUCCUCUCAACCCCUUAAACCUUAUCCCUUUCUACGCGGGCUCUCGGCAUCAUGAUUUCCACCAUAUGAACUUCAUAGGGAACUACGCAUCGACAUUCACGUGGUGGGACAGAAUCUUCGGAACAGACUCUCAGUUUCAUGCCUAUAAUGAAAGGAUGAAGAAGUCAGAGAAAAAGACUGAAUAAAUAUCUGAUGUCAACCUUCCUGAACUAGUAGCUAACAUUGCUUCUGGGGAGCAGAAUAAGCAGGUCUAUUGGCUACUAAGUGAUACAAAGAACAUUAACAGUUUCUAAUUACCUUCCUAGUGGGAACUUUCUCUACUCUGCAUACAAGUUCUGUAUAUGUAGAGAUAAAUCAGUGUAUAUUUAAGUGCAGUUUUCAUGAGGAAGUUUUAAAGGCCAUGUUGCUAAGCUUAAAGAAAGGUUUUGAAUAAUGGAAGAAGUAUUAAUCGGCGUCGUUUGCCUCAGUAAUACCAUAGGCCUGAAGUUGGCAUUGGCCUUUAAACAUUUUGGGUAUAUACUGGUCAUUUCAGAAAAGUCUUAAGAGUGGUGUUACACUGAUAUGUAACUUUAAACACUUUUUAGAAUUUGCCUAAAAAUCAAAAUGUUGUGGUUAGCUGAUGCAGCGAGUGACCGAAGCCAAGUCGGACAGCCACCGCAAGGACUGCCACUCUUGUCUGGAGCUGGACAGUGUGAGGUGAUUCUUUCUUUGAAGAAUCCUUUUUGAUUGUAAUGAACUACUGGCAUCUAGGAUUAAAGCAUUUCUGAAUUGAUGUGAGUGGAAUAUUUUAGCAUCAAGGUUUCUCAAGGUACUUGAAAUAUUUUUAAAAAUUGAGGAGCUUUAUUUCAGCUGUUUACCCUUUCCUUAUGUGUAUCAAGAUUUCCUUGUACUUCAAACUGUAUCUUGGAACUUUGUGAACUCACUUGCUGUAUUUGCACUUUCAGCUAUUGAAAUAAAUGUGAUUUUUUUGGUCUGAU